UCUGCAGCUAGACCUUUCUCGAAGCGCUCUGUUUUCUGGACGUUUCCAGCAGAUUAUUGUGUUGCUGUCUCUUUUCCUCCUAUUACUCUGUAGUUUAGUACCGGGGCAGUACUCGCCGCAAAGAGGAGAUUUGGGACUGCGACUACUCUGUAACUUUGCGAGGAAGUUUUCUAAAAAACAUUUGCGAAAAUGUCGUACAUGCUUCCGCAUUUGCACAAUGGCUGGCAAGUUGACCAAGCUAUCCUGUCUGAGGAAGACCGUGUCUUGGUUAUCCGCUUUGGACAUGACUGGGAUCCAACUUGUAUGAAGAUGGAUGAAGUUUUGUACUGUAUCGCUGAGAAGGUAAAGAACUUUGCUGUUAUUUAUCUAGUGGAUAUCACAGAAGUCCCAGAUUUCAACAAGAUGUAUGAGUUGUAUGAUCCAUGUACAGUCAUGUUCUUUUUCAGGAACAAGCACAUUAUGAUUGAUUUAGGAACCGGUAACAAUAACAAGAUAAACUGGACUAUGGAAGACAAGCAAGAAAUGAUUGACAUAGUAGAAACCGUUUACAGGGGAGCUAGAAAAGGCAGAGGUCUAGUGGUAUCUCCAAAAGACUAUUCCACAAAAUACAGAUACUGAUAUUACCAUGAUUUUACUAAGAUCUGUUUUAUAUUUCCAUCACUUCACUUUUUUUUUUUUUCACAUCCAAUUGUUAAAGGUACAAGCACAUUUUAUACGGAUACCAUCUGGAGCUCUGUAUCAUGUUAUAAGCUUUUCAAGCUUUCUGAUCUGUUAUGAUUUGAUGGAAAAGAACUUAAGCCUUAUACUCUUUAUUUAUGUUAGAACAUUUUUUGUAAAAAUAUUGCUUUCAUUUUUUUUUUAUUUUUUUUUUUUUAUCAAUGACAUUAAAGUUCUUACUGAUUUAA